CCAAUGGGGAUGACCCAAGGGAGGGGCCAAGAGUCCCCCCCCUCCAAAAAGAAGAGCCUGGCAGCUUGUUGCACCAGAGCCUGGGACUGAACCAGCCGCAGGCCCCGGGGAGGCAGCGCCCCGGGCAGGAUGAUGACGGCUGGCGCGGGGGGGGCGGACUCCCAUGAGGCGCAGAGCUGCGUGGACCAGGUCACAGAUGAGUCUCUGGAGAGCUCCCGCCGCAUGGUGAAGCUGGUGGAAGAGAGUAAAGAUGCUGGCAUCCGGAUCCUGGUCAUGCUGGAUGAGCAGGGAGAGCAGCUGGACCGGAUCGAUGAGGGCCUGGACCAGAUCAACCAGGACAUGAAGGAGGCCGAGAAGAACCUGACGGACAUGGCCAAGUGCUGCGGCUUCUGCCCUUGCCCCUGCCUCAAGCUGAAGAACUUCAAGGCCAGCGAGGCCUACAAGGCCGUGUGGGGCAACACGCAGGACGGGGUGGUGUCCACGCAGCCGUCACACGUGGCCGACGACCGGGAGCAGAUGAUCAUGACUGGGGGCUACAUCCAGAGGAUCACGAAUGAUGCCCGGGAGGAUGAGAUGGAGGAGAACCUGGUGCAGGUGGGCAGCAUCCUGGGCAACCUGCGCUCCAUGGCGCUGGACGUGGGCAACGAGAUCGACAUCCAGAACAAGCAGGUGGACAAGAUCCGGGAGAAGGUCACAGUGAACGAGGACCGGAUCCGACAGGCCAACACGCAGGCCAACAAGAUCCUCAAGAACGCUUGAUCUGCCCCUGCCCCCCCCGCGUCGCCCCCGUGCCCCCAUCCCCGGAGUCUCCAGCCCUGCUCGGGGGCCUUGGGGAGGUGGCAGAUACCUGCCCUCCCACUGCUGCCCCUGGUGGAGGGGACGGGGGUGUGGCAGAGGCGGGGCUUCGCAUGCAAAUGAGGCCCUGUGAUUGGCGAGGCGGGGGAAACUGAGGCACAGGGGAGCAGCUGGGGAGCCCCGCCCCAGCCCCUGCUGCCUUCUCAUUGGCCGAGCCGGGGAGACUCCGCCCGUGUGUGUGUGUGUGUACACGUGUGCGCGUGGCCCCGCCUCCCCGUGUGUCCGUCACCGCCACGCUGCCUUUCCUUCCGUGCCUCCUGUGUGAUGUCAUCCCGGUGCUGUGACGUCAUCAAGGUGAUUUUUUUUAAUCUCUGUAUCUGUAGCUAUUUCAGCCCAAUUAAAAACAGGAAGCAUCA